AGCCUACAUUUCGUUUCAGGGCUGGAUUUUAUUUGAAUGUCACCACCCACUAGCAUGGCAUUGUUUAUUAAUCACAAACUGCUGCAGUCUUCGUGACCAGAUACUCAAGUGGCCGCUCUAACAAUGGAAGGCUGUCAGGAUGUGGCAAGAUCAGGUGGGACCAUUCCAGCCAAUGAGAGGGCAGAUACGCAUGUGAACAACAGGCACAACGGUUACCACAGCCACAAAAAGGUGGAUCUAUUGGGCCAGCCCACCAGCUCUGCCCAUCCCGCUCGCUUCUCGCCCGACGACAAGUUCUCCCGGCACCGGGUAACCCUGAAGAAACGCUUCGGCCUCCUCCUCACCCAGCAGCCCAGACCAGUUCUGUGAUUGAAGCAUGGAUGACAACUAUUGUGCCUGAUUCACCCUCCAGGGCCGACCCGAACCGUAGACCUACUGCGUUAGCUUGGUUAUUUUUUUUGUACGUUGUCCUUUCUAGCAUGGUUACAGCUAAACAGUACAGCUCAGCAUGGCCCUAAAGUGUGAUUCAGGCUUUGAUUUAUCAUCAAUUGAUUUAAGAGGCUCGCUGCACAAUUGUUUGAGAUGUAUGGGCCCAGAGUAUGUAUGUCUAGGGGCUAGCCUGAGAAAUCUGCUUAUGAAAAUCUCAGGCCGGCUCCUAUAUAGGCUAUUUGCCCUGCCAGAAUGUAAUUUUUUAAUUGAGUUUUUAUUUCUGUGUGUAUACAGAACACAUCAUUUUGGACAUGAAGUGCUUUAUGUGAUUCUCCUAAUCCAUAUGAAUGUGGUUUCAGAGCUGUCAAAAUCAGCUGUUCAAUUAACAUGUGUACUAGUGUCAAUAUUUUUCUGAAGAUAUUUGUUUUGGAGAUGGAGAAUAAAUUAAAUGUGAGAACUACU